AACGGGCGCAGCGCGCGGGCGACUGUCGGCUUGAGGCGGCUGCUGGGGCUCUGCUCACCUGUUGCCACGGAGACAGCGCGGGCGGGAAAAUCGCCAGUAAAGGAAAUCCACAGCCCAGCCAGGUGUUUCCUCCUCUUGUUAAAAUCUCCACAGCUGUUAAAGACAGUCAGCUAUGUCGUCUACAGUGCUGUUGAAUCUGCUCCGUUGUGGUCGAUCCAACAUCACCAAACAAAGCUUCCUCGCUGCACGAUCCUCACCAGAAACCUCCGCAGCUUCUGGGCAGGUGGGCAGGGCUUUGUUGGGGAUGGUGGGUGUGCGGCAGGCUGGCGGGUCGGUCCGCUUCGACAGCGACGGCAGCGGCAAGCCAGUGACCUGGGACUCAUUUGGUAUCUGGGACAACAGGAUAGAGGAACCAAUACUGCUGCCCUCCAGUAUCAGAUAUGGAAAACCAAUUCCACAGGUCAGUUUGUCUCGGGUCGGUGGUGCGUCUGUUUUGGGUCUCAGGAAGCAGAACGAGGACCGUCUGCGUGUUGCCCGUAUCCAUGACAACCUGCUGUACUUCGCCGUCUUCGAUGGCCACGGCGGCCCGCACGCCGCGGACUACUGCUACACCUUCAUGGAGAAAUUUAUCAGAGAUGCUUUGGAAGAAGAGGAUGAUCUGGAGAAAGUUUUAAAGAAAGCCUUUUUAGAUGCCGACAAAGCUCUACACACACACCUGAGCUACUUCAACAACGCCUCGUUCCUGAAGGCCGGCACCACGGCAACGGUUGCUAUGCUACGUAACGGCGUGGAGUUGGUGGUCGGUAGCGUCGGUGACAGUCGGGCGACGUUGUGCAGGAAGGGGCGGGCCAACAUACUCACCAACGACCACACACCUGACCGAGAGGACGAGAGACAGCGGAUCCAGAGGUUUGGCGGCUCCGUGACGUGGAACAGCGUGGGUCAGGCUAACGUCAACGGGCGGCUCGCCAUGACUCGGAGCAUCGGAGACUUCCACCUGAAAACCAGCGGCGUCAUCGCUGAGCCAGAUACACAGCGCCUAACUGUCCAGCACGCCAAGGACUCCUUCCUCGCUCUCACCACCGACGGCAUCAACUUCCUGCUGAGUGACCAGGAGAUCUGCGAUGUCAUCAACCAGUGCCAAGACCCCACAGAGGCUGCAGACGUCAUCGCUCAGCAGGCGCUGCAGUACGGCUCGGAGGACAACGCCACCAUCGUCAUCGUCCCGUUCGGAGCCUGGGGGAAAUAUCAGAGCCCCACCAACGUCUACAGCAUGAGCAGGAACUUCGCCUCGAGUUGGAGAUGGGCGUAGACGACACACAGGAACAGAAAAAAAACAUCACAGAGCUGAAUUGGAGGACACAACCAUUUUCGAUCUUUUCCAGACUCAAAAAAUUCCACGAAACUGCCCUGAAUUCAUCUGACGAGAUCCCUCACCCUCAGUAGUGCUGGCUUUCGUAUUCAUUUUCCUGUUUUAGCUCCAAGCUGACUAGUCGAUGUAUAUAGAGUGUAUAUUAAUUUAUUGUACAUACAGAGGGGUUUGCUGCAGCGUUUAUUCAUCAGUGUGAAGUUUGUUCAUCUGCGCGCUGUGCAUCAUGUGCAUUUAGACUUAACAUUUUAACAUCCCUCGACGUGACUGCGGAUGUCGAGGGUUUGCUGCCGUCAUGUAAAUUUAACUUGUCCAGAAGACAAAACACACGUUUGGUUUGAUGUUCAGCUCAGUCUGGGGUGGGUUUAUCUGGGGGGGGGUUACAGGUUAUACAUUUAUCUAAACGGCUUUAGGUCUUUUACCUGCCGGUUAGGAUAAAUCAUAAAAACUGUUUUAUUCCUUUUUACUGUAAUUCAUGUUAUCAUUGUCUUAAAUGUAAAAUUCUGUCUGCUCCGUAAACAGUGUUUUGAGGAAGUGGGGACAAGUCAACGUAUUGGAGGAGUGACCACAAAAACAUACCACAGUUAAGCUUUGUGUGCAGGUCUCUCCUGUAAAAGGUAACGCAUCAUAAGACACUUUGAAAAGAUGGUAUAAAGUAUAUCUGGAACUCUACAAUUGGAUCGUCCCUUGUGUCAGCUGAUUCCUCUGCCAGUACAGGGAUGAAUAAAAUUUGACACGUUAAACUGAAACUUCAC